UUUUGCUUCUUACCCCACGGCGUCGUGUGUUUGCAGUAGUGAGCAAAGAGCAAGAAACAAGGAGCAAGAAAGCAAUGGCUCUCACUGCCAAAGGAUACCUGGCCGUGGAGUGGGUUCUGAUUGCUGUUUGCCUUGUUCUUGUUUGCGCUCGACUCGCAGUGCGCACAUACAGGAGGAUGUGGUCAUUUUGGCUGUCGGAUGCCUUGCUCGUCAUCGCCUUUUUAACAUUCUUAACUCUUGUCAUUGGGGAUACAUGGUCCUUCAUAAGGGGUAAUGAUGUCUUUAACCAGUACGAUGUUAUAGCAUUCAAUAAGUGGUUAUUUGCAGCCGAUAUCGUCUUCGACUUGGGGUUCUACUUUCCCAGAUUAAGCCUGCUCGCAUUCUACAAUGAGCUCUUCCCUCUAUCCGAGAAACGGCUGCGACAGGGAUUAUAUAUUGUCACGGCCUAUAAUAUUUGCGCGUUCUUAACUACAGCCUUGGUAGAUAUAUUCUGGUGCGGAACUAAUGUGUCCGAAAACUGGGCUACUGAACCCACCUGUACAUUGUUAACUGCCACCAAAACCCUUUGGAUCAAUUGGUCCAUCGGUAUCGUCGCCGAGCUUCUUGUCUUUAUCUUACCAUUUGGAAUGCUCAGAAGAUUGAAAGCAACGCCAAAGAGAGAAAGAAUUGCCUUGACAUGCAUCCUUGCUAUUGGGGUAGCGUCAAUCGUAGCUACCAUUGCUCGAUUAAUUUGGAGUCUUAACUCAGUGGCCUCUUAUGCUACCUACAUCGUUGGCUCGGCUGAAAUCGCAACACAAAUUGUAGUCGGCGCACUUCCAGCGUUACGCCCAUUACUCACUAUAAUACCUUUGGGGUGCAGCAGGCUUUUCAGCAGUUUGAAGGCACCUAGGAGUACUAAAGAUGAUGAAGACCAAAAUCUUUACGGUUCAUCUAGCACGGGGACAUCGAAUUGCUUGGAGGAGCGGAUUGAAGUUCAUGAUAAGGUCGAUGAUGGACCUGGUAUUGAGUUACACCGAGACAAAGAUGGGAUCUAGAUAUCUUGAGCAACGACGCCACUUUAGAAUAAUA